UGUGUGAUCAGUGCUAAUUUAUAAAAUAAAAUAAUUUGAAAGCGUCUUGAAAAAGGAAACAUAAAAAAUACAACUUUAAGAAUUAAUGCAAAGUGAAAAAUCAACCAAAAGUGCUCAAGUUAAGAAACAGAGAAAGCUGCCUGCCCCAAAACAAAAAGCAAAAAUAUGGCGAAUAUAAAUAAGAAAUUGCUUGCAUUGAUACAGCUAAUAGCGGUACAUUUAAUAGCAGCGCAGGCAGAUCCGCAACUUGAUUUGCCACCACUGAACCCCGACUCUCAAGGUCCCGAACUAUUGUACAAUUCGCUCACACCUAGAACGGCAGCGAGUCCGCUGCAAGCAUUGGGCGACUUUGAUCGCAGCCAACGCUACGGACCGCCCUAUUCCAGCGAAGGACUCAAUGAUGACGGUGCCGAUGAUUUUAGAAAUGGCCAAACUUAUGACGAGCGCAUGCGCUACGGUUACACCUACACAGCUAGAGCGCAGAAUUUGUCCCGUGCUGCAGCCGAUUCACCGUUCAGUGACUACAACAGCAAUAACGUGGGACUACAACAGCGCGACAAUCCUCGUUAUCCCAAUCAUAAUUAUGACAACCCCAGCGAUCGUUUCGGCAAUAACAACCGUUAUGCAGAUGGCUUCGAUGAACGCCAGCGUGAACGUUACAAUAACGAUAAUCCCGAUCAGGCACGCUUCAAUAACCCAAACAAUGAUUAUAAUGCACGUUUCAACGGAAAUCAGCCACCAAUUGGCGGCAACUUCGAUCCGAAUAGUCCGUUUAAUACAAAUAACCCGUAUGGCAAUGAUCGCGGCCGUUUUGAUAAUCCUUUUAGGCCGAAUCAAGAUCGUUUCAAUUUGAAUAAUGAACGUUUCUUCGAGAGACAGCGCUUCCAACAGGAGCGUCGUUAUCAAAUGGAAUUGGAGAAGUUGCGGAAUCUGCUGGUGGAGACUGAUCAUAAGGGUUCACUAGAGUGUACAGCGAAUGUGGGCGCCCAAUGGAAUUUCGAGACAAAUGUGAACGAGCUAACGCAGGCGGAAGCAUUCAAUGCGCAACAACAUUAUGUGGACUUUCUGCGCUUGGUAGCCGAGCAAUCGAAGAACAUAAAUAAAGAUCUGAUACUCGAUCGGCGGCUUUAUCGACAGUUGAUGUUGCAAUCGGAAGCCGGACCCAAUGCCUUACCGAUAGAGACUUUGGACCGCUACAAUCGUCUUAUCAAUGAGAUGCUCUACAUCUACAAUGAGGCCACCAUUUGCGCCUAUCAACAGCCCUUCAUCUGCAACCUGCGCUAUAUACCCGAUCUGAAGGAGAUCAUGUCCAAAAGUCGCGACUGGGACGAGCUGCAGCACACUUGGGUGGAGUAUCAUCGCAAAGCGGGUCGAGAAAUGCGCGAUGGUUAUGAGCAGCUGGUGGAUGUGAUGAACGAAGUGGCCUAUGUAAACAAUGUCACAAAUGGCGGUGAAUUUUGGUAUCUGCCCUAUGAGUCGGCCAACUUUCGUCAGGACGUUGAGAACGUAUGGGAGCAGAUACGUCCACUAUACGAAGGUCUACAUUCGUAUGUGCGCCGCAAACUGCGCGAUUACUACGGUCCAAAUCGUAUUAAUCGCAUCGCUCCGAUACCCUCACAUAUUCUCGGCAAUAUGUAUGCGCAAUCGUGGUCAAACAUCUUGGACAUAGUUAUACCGUUUCCUGGUCGUAAAUUGGUCGAUGUAACGCCGCGCAUGAUUGAACAGGGCUAUACGCCGUUGCUAAUGUUCCAAUUGGCCGAGGAGUUUUUCACGUCAAUUAACAUGUCUGCUGUGGGCCCCGAAUUCUAUACAAAUUCUGUGCUCGAGCAACCGCUGGAUGGACGUCGUGUAUUUUGUGAGCCAUCCGCAUGGGAUUUCUGCAAUCGGCAUGAUUUUCGCGUCAAAACCUGUUCGGAAAUCAGUCAAAAGGGGCUGCUGAGCGCUCAUCAUGAGAUGGCGCACAUACAGUACUUUUUGCAGUAUCGCCAUUUGCCGAAGGUAUUUCGCAAUGGCGCAAAUCCCGCUUUCCAUCAAGCUAUAGGCGAUGCUAUUAUGCUAUCUGUGUCGACCUCGAAACACUUUCAAACGAUCGGCUUGUUGCAACGUUCUGUGGAUGAGUCAAGUUAUGAUAUAAACUACCUCAUUACAAUGGCCUUGGAUAAGGUCGCCUUCCUACCUUUUGCCUUGGCUCUUGACAACUGGCGUUAUGAUGUCUUCAGCGGGAAUACAAAUAAACACACAAUGAACUGUCACUACUGGAAUCUGAGAGAACGCUAUGGAGGUAUUAAGCCACCAGUGCUACGCUCAGAGAAGGACUUCGAUUUGGGCGGAAAGUACCACAUACCAGCAAAUAUACCAUAUAUUAAAUACUAUGUCUCGACUAUUCUGCAGUUCCAAAUCUACCGUGGCAUGUGUCGUGUGAGCGGUCAAUAUGUGCCCGGUGAUCCACGGAAGCCCUUACAUCGCUGUGAUGUGUAUCGCCAUCCGGAAGCAGGGAAUUUACUUAAAAGCAUAAUGGCCAAAGGUGCCUCACAGCCGUGGCAGGAAGUGCUUGAGGAGACGCUCGGUGAGGGUCGGCUGGACGGAACAGCGUUGCGUGAGUACUUCGCGCCGCUCGAGGAAUGGCUGCGCCUGGAGUCGUUGCGCACGAACGAGUUUGUCGGCUGGAAUUACGAUGGCGACUACUGCAAGCGCAGCAUUGAGACGGCGAAUCUGCAAGUCACUGGAGGUUACUAUAACAUGGGCACAAAGUCAGAUUGGGUGCAAUUGCCAACACUGUUGAUGGUGGUUUGGUCACUGCUUUUUAUAAGGCGCAGAGUCUAAGGAAAACAAAACUUUUUUCUAGGUUUAAAUGGUUGGAAUUUAUACUAUUUUAUGAAUAUGCUUUUAUAUAUUUAUUUUUUUUUGUACAUGCUUAAAGUGUUUUAAGCUUAACGUUACUGCUAAUGGAGUUUUGUUGUAAAUUAAAAAAAUAAAACUGAUUAAAAUUAAAAUUGUAAUAUUGA